AUGCCUCCACUACCAAAGGACACGGUUAUAAAGUCCAGACCAUUUCAAGAUGUCGGAUGUCACUUCAUGGGUCCUUUCGCUUCAAAAACUCUCGAGAAAAUGUACGUGUGUUUAUACACAUGCCUUACAACUCGAGCAGUACAGUUAGAAGUGGUAGAAAAUCUUUCGGCAGGAGCAUUCCUCAAGUGUUUCGUGAGAUUCGUCUCGCGCAGAGGAGUUCUAGAGAUUGUCCGCUCAGAUUGCGGAACCAACUUCAAGCUUGGUGAAGUCAUUAUCACAAAGAUGUUCUGCGACCUCAACGAGAAUGGUCGAUCUCUUAUGUCAUAUUGUGCAUCCCAACAAAUAAACUGGAUCUUCAAUCCUCCUGGAUCCCCCUGGAUGGGUGGUGCAUGGGAACGCCUAGUUGGAUUAACCAAGAAAACGUUUAAUAAAUCAAUAGGGCGCAAACGCUUGAGUUUUGCAGACAUGUGCACCAUGAUCACUCGAAUUGAGACAAUUCUAAACACAACACCUCUUACGAAACUGAACUCCAAUGAUAUCGCAGAGAUACCAUUGAGGCCCACUGAUUUUUUGAAGGGAAAUUCCAACUACUCGCUUCCGAACGACAAAGUUGCAGACGUAUCGGGCGAUCCUGACUACGAUCCUAAUCUCAUCCAAACAGAAAAACAGGCACUUGAAGCAUUUCAAACAUCAGAAAUGAGCCAAUAA